CUCUAGUCCCCGUGACCACACCUUCCUACCUGAAUGCAACCUCUCUAAGGGACCCAGGUAGAACCCACUCCCCCUGAGCAUCCUGGGCGCCAAGACCUGCAUAGAGGAGGGAAAGCAGCCCCAUGGUAGGCCUUGGGAAGCUCUAAAGCUCCAGACUGCAGAUUUCCAAGGACAGGGCUGUAGGUGUCUAGUGGGAACAUUCCAGAAAGUCAUGGCUUCUUCCUGGGACACCCCCUAUCGGAGGGCUCCAAUGCCUGAGACUGUGGUGAAAAUUAUCGGGAGCAAACAUUACCGAUUCCUCGUGGAAAAGCCAAAGACUCAGCUAAAGGAGAACACAACCACCAAAGCUCAGCCUGAGCUGGGGCCAUUGGUACCCCAUCGUGGAAGGCAGUUUGGGGAAAAUCCACCAGUUCUCAACAGCCUUGCUGAUUCCAAAGUCAAGUUCAACCAUGGUUCCAGAGAGCAGAACAAAGGGAGAAAGGAAGAAGACAGAUCCUUCCUCACAGGAGCCAGCGGUGGUAUUCUAAAAUGGGCAAAUGCUCAGUGUAGCUCCGUGCCCUCAGGAGACCAGUCGCUGUCCUACCUCCAUGGCCUCCCCAAACCCAGCCCAAUAGACUGGACCUUGGAACACAUGUCUAGAAAUGGUCCAGGUGGGCUUGAGAACCUUGGUCUGAGGUCAAGUGAAGAUGAGUCUCUUCUGGCCAUGGUUGGAAGAGAAUUCAAGGUGCAUCCUCCAAGUUCAGAUUUGCUGGAGAAGCUGGAGAAGGAGCUGAAGGUCUUGGAUCCUAUCUCUUCGGGACUUCUUCUUCAAUCCCAGCUGAGUCGACUGCUAGUAAAGCACGAGGUCCCUCUUCAGUUGCCUACUGUCAAGUUACUUUUCCAGAGGUUCACCCAGAGCAGAUACUCAGAACUGAUCAAUUAUAAAAAGCUGCUGUGGUUUUUAAGGUUAGCAGCAUCGAAUGAAACUCAAAGGACUGAGCCCCUGGCUGAUGAUAUCCCAGGAAAAAAGGAGGAAAUCAACAAUCUUGGCCCAAGUUCAUCUUCUGAAGCCAGUGACAACCUAACCGAGCUUCUCAGGAGGGCCGUGAAGACAUCCAAGGACCAACUCAACACUGAAAACCUUCACAUGAGUUUUCAAAAAGAAGAUCAACCUUUUUCUGGCCACCUGCCAUCCUCCAAGGUCAAGGCUAUCUGUGAGCAACAUGGACUUGCUCUGUCCCCAUCACUGAUGAGGGCUUUGUGUAGCCACCAGGAUUUGAACGUACAAGAUGAGAUCAAAUGGCAAAAAUUGAUGGAGUUCUUGAUCAAAGCAUCCUCAGACAAGGCUUCUCCUUUUCCUGAAUGUACAGGAAGAAAGAAAGAGGAAGUUCCAUCUACCGUUGAAGAUGCUAAAGGUUCAGAGGAAGCUCAAAGCCCAACUGAGAAUCUCAAACACACAGAAGAGCCACCCCCUGCAAACCCUGCCCCUGAGACCAGGGCCUCUGAUGAAAGCCAGGCCGGCAGGAAGAUCCGACCAGCCUCACAGCCGUCUCUGAGCCAGCUUGGGAAUGAGGAGGCCCAGAGGGAGACCUGGAUGGACCGGUUCCGAAAGCUGGAAAAUGCCCUCUACUUGUGCGAUGUGAACAAUACAGGGACUCGUUGUUCACAGUUUAAGGAUGAGCAAGAUGAAGCAGUCCCAGAGAGGCGCGGCCAGCGUGGGCAUCCUGGGCAUGCCUCUUAUGGCCUUCGGGUUUCACACCGACCCCCUUUUACCGAAUGACAUGAAGGAGGGGAGGCUUUAUUUGGUUUGGGUGAGAAUCUAAUGAGGACUGUCACCAGCCAGUUCAGCCACUUUCUCACUGUGUGACCUUUAACCUCUGGGUGUCAGUUUCCUCCUCUAUAAAUGGGGGUGGGGGUGGGGAUGGGAAUGUAGAUUAGAUAAUCUCUUAGGGUGACUCCCAGUUGUUAUUCAAGUAAACUCUGUUCUAACAUUCUAUGAUCGAACAUUUCUUGUUUUAAGGCUCUAACGUGCACUAUUCAAAGGUCCCUUCUAACUGAUGUUCUUUGUUCUAAGGCCCCUCCUAGCUCUGACAUUCUUUAUUCUAAGAUCCCCUACAGCUCUAACGUUCUUUGUUCUGUGUUCUGGGAAUUAAUAUUCUGAGGAACAACCCAUCUUUAACAUUUUGUGGCUCAAGGUCUCUUUUCUUCCCCUCUAACAUUCCAUGUUCUGUGUCCUAUCAUUCCAAGUUCUAAGGUACAGUGCAGCUCUAACACACUGUGUUCUAAGAUAGUGUGUUCUAUGUCUGAAAAUUCUAAGGUCCCUUCCAGUUGUUAUAGGCUGUGAUUCUGUAGGGGAUCACAUGCAAUUUUCCAGAACCAUGCAAAGUACCUUGCACGCAAGAGGUGCUUAAUAAAUGCUGAUUUGCUGGUUGAUUUAUCCUGUUUCCUUCCAGUUCUAACAUGCAAUGCUCUAUAUUCUAACAUUCCGCAUUCUAGUGGCAAUUUCUGUUCUAACAUUCCAUGUUCUUUUUCUCUGUGAACCAUUCUGCCACUGGUGCUUAAUAGCUAUGUGGCCAUGGGCAAAUUAUUCGCCCUCUCUGAAGAUCAGUUUCCUUGUUUUUAAAAUGACCAUGAUAGCAUCUGUAGUAACCUGCCUCACAGCGUUCUUGGGAGACUCCAGUGGAAUAAUGGUUAUUAAAUGUAUUGUAAGCUUGAAAGCCCUAGAGCUUUGCCUGUCAUGAUCAGGAUAGGGAUGAGGAUGGGGAUGAUGGAAAUCUUCUCACGUCCUAUAUUCUAUGGUUCACUUGAGCUCUCACAUUCCAUGAUUUAGUGAGGGUUAUCAGGGCUCUUGCCCACUUGAGUAAUCUCUAGAGCCUAGCUAGGGUCCCAUUCAUACAAAAUGUCUGAUUAUUUAUGGCAUCCAUUUAUCAUUACCAUGGCCCAAACUAUAUUGCAGGAAUCAUAAUACCUCCAAAAUGAGAGGGGGGAUGAGAGAAAGAGAGAGACUGACAGAGAGAGGGAGAAGAGACAUCGAAGAGAGAGGUGCUUUAGAGAGCUCUGCCUAUAAGGGAAGGAUUAUUUCCAUCAGGAAAUUAUAGUCUCUGAGCUAGACAUUUCUGGAGAAGCCAUCUAAUCCAACCCAACUCCCCAUCCUAGCACUCUAGCUCCGUCAAGCUUGUGGAAAAAUAAGUGUGCUUUAGAUGGGUGAAUAGGUGUAAUUUUACUGGAUAAUUAGGGUAGUUAAGUGUAUGUAGAUCCAUCUUCUAAUCCUGCCACAGACAUUUACUAGAUGGAUGGCCCUGGUCAUCUGUGAACUUUUUUUUUCCUCAUCUAUAAAAAUAGGAAUAACAAUAAUCUAUACCUACUUACUGGGUUGUAGCAAAGCUUAAAUGAUAUAAUUUAAGAGAAGUCUUUUGUGAGUAUUAAAGAAAAUGGGCAGGGUUACCUAUUAUUUGCCACCUUAUUGGCAGAGUAGCUGAAACAAGGGAGACUGAAGGAGAUCACCCAAGGAUGGAAAGAUCUAGUCUGAUGCCAAUGUAUUAAGCAUAUUAGGGAUAUUCCUAAUAGAUGUAUCAUGUUGCACCAUGCCCCACAACCCCAAAAUCUACUUAGUGCCUGCUAUAUCUGCUGUCUAUGUCACCUUGAAUUCCGAGUGCAUUUAAAGGGAUUUGAAUGAUCAUAGAAUUUAGAACUGGAAGGGACCUUGAAGACAAUCUAAUCUAAUACCCUCAUUUUACAGGUGAGGAUACUAAAGCCCAAGGGCAAAAUGACUUUCAGAGCUGAGAAUGGAAGUCAUCUUUCUGUUCACCAUGCGACCUAGCUGGAACAAAAAAAUAAAGUUAGUGAUGUGUCCUCACCAACUCCUGAGUUGCCAAUUCUAUUGUUCAAAGCUUCUAGGAGGAAGACCUUUAAGACCAAAGAGUUCCCGUGAGUGGUAAAAUCCUAUUCUCUGUUAUUGUGGAGCAAGAAGGAGGUGACAUGUAAAUGUUGGCUACCUCCCCACUUCUCCCCACCAUAUUCCUCUUCAUUUUAUCAUUCCUUCACUCAGCAAACACUUUUAAACCCAUACUUGUUUGAGGUACCAUAUUAGUAACUGAAUUAGAUGGUUCUGAAUUCAGAGAGCAUGGGUUAAAAUCUAAUGCUUACUACCUGAAUGACCUUGGACCAGUCACUUAAUUUUCAAGGGUCUCAUUGUUCUUGCUUUUAAAAUGGUUGGGCUAGCUGGACUCUGACAUCCUCUGUAGCUAUCUUUUUAAUGAAUUUUAUGAGUUGUCCAGCACUUCUUUAAAUAUUAAUUGAUUUUACUCUGUAUAGACUGUGGUAAGCAUCCUAACAUUAAUUUAACUUUUAGAAAACAAUGAAAUUUGGACAUUCUACUUCAACAGAAGUGGUGGUCUGCUUUUAUUCCAACCUUUAGCCAUAUAAUAGAAGGUACCCAACAAUCACUGACAUCUGUGGUGUCAAUGCAAUGAGAAUCUUAAGCUAUUGGUUAAGUAAGGGCCUUUCUCUACAAAUCCUCUCCAUUUUUCUUUGUCAGUGUUGAGGUUUCUUUUCUGAGUAUCUCUGGGCACAGCCAGUAUCUCAUGAUGUUUUAUAGUUGCUAUGAAACCUGAAUAAA